AUGGGUGCUUGUUAUAGAGCUUAUAUUCAUGAAGGAGAUACUCCUAUUCAAGAUACCAAUAAUAUUACUCAAGAUUCCUUUGAUGAAGAUUAUAUUCUUCAUGAAAAUUCAAAUCCUCAAUCUGAAGAAGAAAAGAUUAAUGUAAUUAAUCGAAUACAACUUCAAAAAUGGUACUACAAUAUAACUAUUGUUGUCAACAAAGAAUUCAAAUUUACUUCUAGCGUCCUUAUUGAUUCUGGUGCUAAUCAAAAUUAUCUAAUCCGGCCGAGCAAAUCUCUUUGGAGUUGCUUUUCUUUCUAUAUCAAUAAUUCUACUAAAAUUGAACGAGGUGUUCCACGUUUCGUUAUCAAUUAUAAACCUCUCAAUAAAGUUCUUCAAUGGAUUAGAUAUUCAUUACCUCAAAUAAAAGAUCUAUUGAUUAGACUUUACAAAGCUGCUAUCUUCUCAAAAUUUGAUAUGAAGUCAGGCUUCUGGCAAAUUCAAAUUAAAGAAGAAGACAAAUACAAAACUACUUUCAAUAUUCCCUUUGAGAAGUAUGAAUGGAAUUUUAUGUCAUUUGAUUAUGUUCUCAUAUUUUCUGAAAGCAUAGAACAGCAUUUUAAACAUUUAAAUGUAUUCAUUCAUGUAGUUAAGAAUAAUGGUUUAAGUCACAAGCAUACAAUAGUUGUACAAAAAGUAAAGCAAGCCAUAAAAAAUAUUCCUUGCAUUUUAAUCAUUGACCCUCUUGCCUCUAUUAUUGUUGAGAAAGAUGCAUCAGACAUAGGAUAUGAUGGAAUGUUAAAGCAGAAUCCAAAAGAGUCAAAUCAAAAACAGUUUGUUAGGUAUUACAAUGGGGCCGAGCCCCAUCUUGGGAUAUUUGGCCAACCUCGAGCUAGCUUAAAAAAAGAGCAGCAGCAGCCUGCUGCUUUUAAAAGGAGAAAUAAAGAUACAAAAGAUUUUCAAAAAGUAGAAGACAAAUCAAAGUGGAACACAAAAGUCGACAAACAUUAUUGUCCUCCAAGAUUCCUUCAACAAAUUGAAGAAAUGUUCAAGUCCAGAGCUCAAAAAUUCAAGUAUAAAAGCAUAUCAAAGAUUAAGAUCUCCUCAAGCAAGUCACUCCAUGGCAUCUCGCAUCCAUCAGACGAUCUCAUCCAACAACUCAGUACAUUCUAA